UUAUCUUAAGCUGUCACGAGAUAAUAUAGUUCCAAAGACUUUCACAGCUUCUCAUUUUUUACAAGCAAAAUAAAUAAAAAUAAACAAAGCACUCUCUUUUUCUUUCUUUUUUCUUCCGGGUCGAAAUUCGUUUUUAUGUAGUGGUCGUACUAAACACGCUUCCUUUAUGUAUGUAAAAAGCCUGUGGAAUCUUCAAACCAGAGAGCCCUUUUGUUUCUUUGGUUGAAUUCAACAUUUUUUUUUUUAAUGUGUGUGUGUUCAUGAUCCGACCAUCUCUGCAACAUCGUACUUUGGGAGACAACACUGUCGAAGACCAUCUCCGUUGUCUUUCUUCACUCAUAGAACUCUCUCUGUCUCUGUGUACUUUCUCCUUUCUCUUUCUCCGUACCUGUCAGCCCUUGAUUACGCUUUUUUUGCUUCUUCACAAAUCUCUAAGCACAUAUAUCCAUUGUUGCGACCUCUUCUCCGGUGAAAUAUUCAGGUCCUUAUGGAGAGGAUAAGCCAAAAAGAAGAUCCUUGAGCUUGAAUUUUCAGUCUUAGGGGAUUCUGUCGAACACUUUGUGUGCUACUACAUAACAUGAAGCAACAACGAUGGCAGUUCAUUAUCCUCUGCUUUCUCGUUUUGUUUCUAAUAGUGGACGCUCGUGGCAGACGGCUACUCGGAGACGACGUCACCGAAGCUGCUCUGUUAACGGCGUUUAAGCAAAUCUCCGUUAAGUCCGAUCCUAACCACGUUCUGGAUAAUUGGAAACACGGGUCGGGUCGUGACCCAUGUUCUUGGCGACGCGUUUCUUGCUCUGACGAUGGGCGAGUCAUUGCUCUCGAUCUCCGAUACGGUGGUCUUACCGGAACCCUAAGUCUCAGUAAUCUCACGGCGUUAUCGAAUCUCCGGAAACUUUAUUUGCAAGGAAACAGCUUUUCCUCUGGUUCUUCUUCUUCUUCCUCUUCAGGAUGUUCUCUCGAGGUUCUGGAUUUAUCUUCAAACUUGAUUACGGAUCAUUCAAUGGUGGAUUACGUUUUCUCCAGCUGUUUGAAUCUGGUUUCUGUUAAUGUCUCGCAUAACAAGCUCGCCGGGAAAUUGAAGACUUCUCCGUCGACGAGGAACAAGAGAAUCACCACUGUUGAUCUCUCGAAUAAUCUCUUUUCCGAUGAGAUUCCGGAGACUUUCAUAUCCAAUUUCCCGGCGUCUCUGAAACACCUCGAUUUAGGCGGAAACAAUUUCUCCGGUGACUUCUCUCGUCUCAGUUUUGGCCUCUGUGGGAACCUCACCGUAUUCAGUAUAUCACAGAACAACAUCUCCGGCGACACAUUCCCGAUUAGCUUGUCCAAUUGUAAGCUCCUUGAAACGCUAAACCUCUCUCGGAACAGUCUCGCCGGCAAAAUUCCCGGCGAUAGGUAUUGGGAAAAUUUCCAGAAUUUGAAGCUGCUAUCACUCUCACACAACCUUUACUCCGGCGAGAUUCCAACGGAGCUUUCUCUUCUUUGUCGUACUCUAGAGGUUCUCGAUCUCUCUGGAAACAGACUCACUGGUCAGCUUCCGCUAGCAUUCACCUCUUGUGGCUCAUUACAAACCCUGAAUUUGGGAAACAACAAGCUCACCGGCGACUUUAUAACCACCGUCGUGAGUAAACUCCCAAGAAUCUCUCAUCUUUACUUGCCCUUCAACAACAUUUCAGGUUCUGUUCCGAUUUCGCUCACCAACUGUAGUAAUCUACGAGUUCUUGAUCUCAGCUCAAACGAGUUUACUGGAAGAGUACCAUCUGGCUUGUGCUCUCUUCAAAUUUCUUCAGUUCUGGAGAAGUUGCUUAUUGCCAACAACUACCUCUCAGGAACUGUUCCUGUAGAGCUUGGUAACUGCAAGAGCUUGAAGACGAUAGAUCUUAGCUUCAAUGCUCUCACUGGUCCGAUUCCAAAGGAGAUAUGGACAUUGCCGAAACUCUCAGACUUAGUUAUGUGGGCGAACAAUCUCACUGGUGGAAUCCCAGACGACAUUUGUGUUGAUGGAGGAAACUUGGAAACGUUAAUCCUAAACAACAAUCUCUUAACCGGUUUUAUUCCAGAAUCGAUCUCCAAAUGCACCAACAUGCUUUGGAUCUCCCUUUCUAGUAACUUGCUUACAGGCGAGAUCCCGGUAGCAAUAGGAAACCUCGAGAAAUUAGCGAUCCUGCAACUUGGGAACAAUUCUUUGACUGGUAACAUUCCACAUGAGCUUGGGAAGUGCAAGAGCCUUAUCUGGCUUGAUCUUAACAGCAACAAUCUAACUGGGAAUCUCCCAGCUGAACUUGCUAGUCAGGCUGGACGGGUGAUGCCUGGAAGCGUCUCUGGUAAACAAUUUUCGUUUGUGAGGAAUGAAGGUGGGACGGAUUGCAGAGGUGCAGGCGGUUUGGUUGAGUUUGAAGGCAUUCGUGCAGAACGGUUAGAGCAUUUUCCGAUGGUUCAUUCAUGUCCCAGGACUCGGAUAUACUCAGGCAUGACCAUGUACACGUUCAGCAGAAACGGAAGCAUGAUUUACUUAGACCUCUCCUACAAUGCAGUUUCAGGUUCUAUUCCUUUGGGGUAUGGUGAAAUGGGGUACCUUCAGGUCUUGAAUCUAGGACAUAAUCUGUUAACCGGAACCAUACCAGAUAGCUUCGGGGGAUUGAAAGCAAUCGGGGUUCUUGAUCUAUCUCACAAUGAUCUCCAAGGAUUCUUACCUGGAUCACUUGGAGGGCUCUCUUUUCUUAGUGACUUAGAUGUCUCUAACAACAAUCUAACCGGACCAAUCCCAUUCGGAGGCCAACUUACAACGUUUCCAGUCACAAAUUACGCCAACAAUUCUGGUCUCUGCGGAGUUCCUCUGCUACCUUGCAGCUCUGGUGUUCGGCCCACGGGAUCCCAUACUCAUCCUAAGAAACUGAGUAUACCGACUGUGGUGAUCACAGGGAUUGUGUUUUCUUUCAUGUGUCUUGUAAUGCUUAUUAUGGUGCUUUACAGAGUAAGGAAGGUUCAAAAGAAAGAAAAACAGAGAGAGAAAUACAUUGAGAGCCUUCCGACCUCUAGUAGCAGCAGUUGGAAGCUCUCCAGUGUUCCUGAACCACUGAGCAUCAAUGUUGCAACCUUUGAGAAGCCGCUGCGAAAACUUACUUUCGCACACCUUUUAGAAGCCACAAAUGGGUUUAGUGCUGAUAGUAUGAUCGGAUCAGGUGGGUUUGGAGAUGUCUACAAGGCUCAAUUCACUGAUGGAUCUGUUGUUGCGAUCAAGAAGCUGAUUCAAGUCACGGGUCAAGGUGAUAGAGAGUUUAUGGCGGAGAUGGAAACUAUUGGAAAAAUCAAACAUCGAAAUUUGGUACCGCUACUUGGAUAUUGCAAGAUCGGCGAAGAGAGACUUCUUGUUUACGAGUACAUGAAAUACGGAAGCUUAGAGACAGUUCUACACGAAAAGACCAAGAAGGGAGGAAUCUUUCUUGAUUGGUCUGCGAGGAAGAAAAUUGCAAUAGGAGCUGCACGUGGGCUAGCUUUCCUGCACCACAGCUGCAUUCCUCAUAUUAUUCACAGGGAUAUGAAGUCAAGCAACGUUCUUCUAGACCAAGAUUUCGUAGCUCGUGUCUCGGAUUUUGGUAUGGCAAGGCUAGUGAGCGCUCUGGAUACUCACUUGAGCGUGAGUACACUCGCGGGUACUCCUGGGUAUGUUCCACCAGAGUAUUACCAGAGUUUCCGGUGCACGGCAAAAGGAGAUGUGUACAGCUAUGGAGUUAUACUUCUCGAGCUCCUCUCAGGCAAGAAACCGAUUGAUUUAGAGGAGUUUGGUGAAGACAACAACCUGGUAGGAUGGGCCAAACAACUCUACAGGGAGAAAAGAGGAGCUGAGAUUCUUGAUCCGGAGCUAGUAACAGAUAAAUCUGGCGACCUUGAGCUAAUUCAUUACUUGAAGAUUGCGUCUCAGUGUUUGGAUGAUCGGCCAUUCAAAAGACCAACUAUGAUUCAAGUCAUGACAAUGUUCAAAGAGCUUGUUCAUGUCGAUACAGAAAACGAUAGUCUGGAUGAGUUUUCGCUCAAGGAAACACCGGGCGUUGAAGAAUCACGAGAUAAGGAGCCUUAAGAAGAUGAGAGAUUGUAGAAUUCAGCGAGAUCAAGAAGAUUUGAAUUUUAUUAUUUUCUUCCAAUUUUUGUUGUUACUUGUGUUAGUGAUUCAGUGUAUAUAAUAACAGUAAAGCAAAUCCAAGUCUUUAGAUGUGGAAAAAUGGAAUGACAGACGUCGACACUGAAGUGUGUUUUUACUUACCUUUCACGGUUCUACCGUUCUAGGCUAUAGAGAAUUACUUCCUUGUAUAGUGUUUUUUGUAUCUUCUUCGUUUCAUUUCGUUAUUAUCUUCUGAGCCAUGUUAUAUGUGAUGUACAAUACAUACUAAAAAUUCUUCUAAAUU